UCAGAAAGUCUUCUUGAAGUUGCUUAAUUGUUACUUUAUAAAUACUAGAUUUUUGUAAUUAGGUAUUGUAAAGUGUUAAGCUUUGUAUAAUUUUCUAUAUGAAUGACAACUAAAAUGAUUAUAGUAUAUUUAAAAUUACGACGAUUUUCAAUAAGGAAUAUUCUUUGUUAUCUGAGGAUUGCUUACUGUUAUUGCACCAUAUAGAAUACCAUCAAGAUGUUUACAAUGACGGAAGGGGGUUUCGGGGUGGGGGACUUUGUGGCGUUCGGGUUCCUGUGCCUCGCGUCCUGCGCUGGGGGGCUGUGGUACAGCGCAAUAGGGUCCCGAACCAAAGCCGUAGUGGAUAUAAGAGAUUACUUGCUCGGCGGACGAGCAAUGUCAACAUUCCCUGUCGCUAUGUCGCUUAUAGCAAGUUACGUGUCUGGAGUGACGAUUCUGGGAACGCCUGCAGAGAUAUACAACUACGGCAGCCAGUACUGGCUAGUGGUUGUCGGAGUGUCUCUCAGCUGUGUGGUGGUUGCGACUGUGUACCUGCCAGUGUUCUGCACUUUGAGACUAUCUUCAUCAUAUGAGUAUUUGGAGUUACGAUUCAAUCGGCACGUCCGCGCCGUGGCAUCCAUUCUGUUUUUAUUGGACGAGGUGUUGUUUCUCCCUAUGGUCAUCUAUGUUCCAGCUUUAGCAUUUAAUCAAUUGACAGGGUUUAAUGUGUACGCCGUUGGCGGCGUUAUGGUAGCAAUAUGUGGCCUUUACACUGUAUUAGGCGGACUGCGCGCGGUGGUGUGGACAGAUUCAGUGCAGACGGGCAUCAUGUUUAUUGGUGUGGUGUUGGUAGCGGCGGCUGGCACCAUCGCUGUGGGCGGCGUGCGUGUCAUCCUUGACGUCACGGAGGAGUCUGGCAGGCUUAGCAUCUCCAAUUGGGAUUUGUCGCCGUACGUGCGGCAGACAGGCUGGGGCUCGGUAGUGGGCGGCUUCCUCUACUGGACCUGCUUCAACUCCGUCAACCAGACGAUGGUGCAGCGCUACAUCUCACUACCCAGCAAGAGGAAAGCUAUCAUUGCAUUAGCAAUCUUUUGCGUUGGUGCGAUCCUGGCGAUAUCACUGUGCGUGUGGUGCGGGCUGGCGGCGUGGGCGGCCUGGGUACAGGGUGGCUGCGCUCCUGCCGGCCGUCCGCUCGUUGACGACCGCCUUCUGCCCGCCUUCGUCACCUACGUCUCCAGGGUCCAGCACCUGCCGGGGCUCGCGGGUGUCUUCCUAGCUGGUGUGUUCGGAGCUGGUUUGAGCUCUCUGUCGGCGGUGUUGAAUGCGUGUGCGCUGGUGGCAGUGGAGGACAUAAUGCACGGCUGGUUGCGACUGCGGCUGCGCCCGCUGACCGAGGGCCUGCUGGCGCGCGCCGUCACCGCUACCCUCGCGCUGCUCUCGCUCCUUAUGCUCGUCGUCAUCACCAAGCUUGGCGGGGUGCUCGGUGUUGCGACGGCAUUGUCAGCUAUCGCAGCGAGCUCGACAUGCGGCAUGUUCACGCUGGGCAUGGCGUGCUGGUGGGUGGGGCCACGCGGGGCUAUCGCGGGCGCGGUGGCGGGCGCCGUGGUCGCGGCUACCGUGUCUCUCGGCACGCAGGCGGCCGCCGCGCACGGUCUGCGCGAGCCUCCCAUGGACUACGCCAUGCAGUGCCCCAAUGCUACCUUCCAGCCUCCUGUUUAUCUAGAUCCUGAGGAGGUAUUCCCCCUGUUCCGCAUCUCGUACCACUGGAUCGCGCCGCUGGGGCUGGUGACGACGCUGUGCGUGGGGAGCGUGGUGGGGUGGCUGUGCGACCGGCGGCGCGCGGUGCCGCUCGAUGCCGAGCUGUUCACGCCGGCGGUGUGGCGGUUGCUGCCGGCGGAGGCGCACGACAACGCCGGCAUCACGCGCAGGAACCUCGCCAGCAAGGCCGCGGACGCGCCGCCCUCCACGCCGCUCAUUGUGGGACAGGCCUCUGAUAAGAUUGAAAUGAACGGAGAAUCGAGCAGGUGAAGAUUGUGUAAUUUUUGUACAAAUGUACAUAUCGUUCAUGUGUUGAUAAAAUUUAAGAAUACUUGUCGAAUAUAUUUUAAUAUGUAUUGACUAAGAUGGGAUAAAAAGACGUUAUUUUUUUAAGAUAAUAAACAUGUUUCUUAAUGAAUAUUUGAUAUUUAUAUAGGAAAUUAUGUUAUGGUGCAAACUAUAAUUUAAAACAUUAUAAUUUUAAUAGAUAAAAAAUCAUUAAAUGAUAAUGCUUUAAAAAUCAUGUAGAUAUUAUCAAAGUUCCUGAGUAGUUUGUGGCAAUAUUUG